GUUCCAUCUUCUGCAAUCUAACGUCAACGGGUGGCUGGAGCUUCAUCAACGUUGCUUCUUAGCAAAUAAUAAACUAAACUCAAGCUUCUUCAUUUGGAGAAGUCAAUCUUUUAAUUAUAAUCCACAACUAUCCCUUUGGAAUCUCCAUAUACCACCUGUUUGUGCUGGAACACCAUGGAUCCCCGAGAAUCUUCCUCGUACUCGAUUGUACCUAGGAUUCGGUACAACACCGUCGGCGGUGUCAACGGUCCUCUGGUCAUUUUGGACAACGUUAAAUUCCCUCGAUACAAUGAAAUCGUUACCCUAACACUCCCCGAUGGAACUGAAAGAUCUGGUCAAGUCCUCGAAGCUCGAGGCAACCGCGCCGUCGUCCAAGUUUUCGAAGGCACAUCAGGUAUCGAUGUUAAGAAGACCAAAGUCGAAUUCACGGGGCAAAGCUUGAAGCUAGGUGUAUCCGAAGACAUGCUGGGUCGUAUCUUCGAUGGAUCUGGGAGAGCCAUCGACAAGGGCCCGAAGGUGCUGGCCGAGGACUACCUUGACAUCAACGGUAGUCCUAUUAACCCCUACUCACGAGUGUACCCCGAAGAAAUGAUUUCCACCGGUAUCUCGACUAUCGACACCAUGAACUCGAUUGCCCGAGGCCAAAAGAUCCCUAUCUUCUCCGCCGCCGGUUUACCACAUAACGAAAUCGCCGCCCAGAUUUGCCGACAAGCUGGCUUGGUCAAGCAAAAGGGUGCUACAAACAAGGGUGUGCACGAUGACCACGAAGAGAACUUCUCUAUCGUCUUCGCUGCUAUGGGUGUUAACUUGGAAACCGCCCGAUUCUUCACUCGCGAUUUCGAAGAGAACGGUAGUUUGGAGCGUGUCACACUCUUCCUUAACCUUGCGAACGAUCCUACAAUCGAACGUAUUAUUACACCUCGUCUUGCUCUCACUACCGCCGAAUACUAUGCCUACCAACUUGAGAAACACGUUCUAGUUAUUCUUACCGAUUUGUCCGCAUACUGUGACGCUCUCCGAGAAGUUUCCGCUGCCCGAGAAGAAGUGCCUGGUCGACGUGGUUUCCCCGGUUACAUGUACACUGAUUUGUCAACAAUCUAUGAACGAGCCGGUCGUGUCGAGGGACGAAACGGUUCCAUUACACAGAUUCCCAUCUUGACUAUGCCUAACGAUGAUAUUACACAUCCUAUUCCCGAUUUGACGGGUUAUAUUACUGAGGGCCAGAUCUUUGUCGACCGUCAACUCGACAACCGUGGUAUCUACCCACCAAUUAACGUGUUACCGUCUCUUUCUCGUCUCAUGAAAUCUGCCAUUGGUGAGGGAAUGACCCGAAAGGACCACGGUGAUGUGUCCAACCAACUGUACGCCAAAUACGCCAUCGGUCGUGAUGCCGCGGCCAUGAAGGCAGUCGUUGGUGAGGAAGCCUUGUCCACCGAAGACAAGCUAUCCCUAGAAUUCCUCGAGAAAUUCGAGCGACAAUUCGUCGCACAGGGCGCAUACGAAGCACGAAGUAUCUACGAUUCCCUAGACAUCGCAUGGAGUCUACUACGUAUCUUCCCCAAGGAAUUGCUCAACCGUAUCCCGGCCAAGAUCAUCCAAGAAUUCUACCAACGAUCGGCUGCGGACCGAAAGGGUAAGGGCAAGGAGAAGAACGAUAAGGGUGUUAAGGACACAGAUGGUCCAGCCCAGGAGGAGAACCUCGUCGACGUAUAAAUCUGUUUAGACAAGUGAGGACGCAUGUGAGCGACGGUUGUGUGUAUAGGUUAGUCGUACAUGGCGGAGUACAGGUUACUUAUUAUUAGCAUUCAAUACAAUACAAUGAUCGUCUUAUUACAUAUUAAAA